AUGGCGACAGAUCGAGAUGACACUAAUCUCUUGCCCUCUGCCUUCUGCUUUUUUUUUUUUUCUUCUUUCCAUCGCCCCGUGUGUGCGCUGCCUACCAUCCCGUGGACUGCACAGAACAAGAAGAUCGAGGAGGCUCGGCCGCUCUACGAGAAGAUAGUGACGCAGUUCCCCAAUGCCGGCCGCUACUGGAAGAUUUACAUUGAACACGAGAUGAAGUCAAGAAAUUUCGAGAGAGUUGAAAAGCUGUUCCAGCGUUGCCUCAUGAAGGUCCUCAACAUCGACUUGUGGAGGUGCUACCUGACAUACGUCAAGGAGACCAAGGGAUCUUUGCCAACCUACAGGGAGAAGAUGGCGCAGGCAUACGACUUUGCGCUCGACAAGAUGGGCAUGGACAUUCUCUCGUACCCCAUCUGGAGUGACUACAUCAACUUCCUUAAGAGCGUGGAGGCAGUGGGGUCGUACGCAGAGAAUCAGCGCAUAACCGCCGUACGCAAGGUCUACCAGCGAGGCAUCAUCAAUCCCAUGAUGAACAUCGAGCAACUAUGGAAGGAGUACAUCAACUACGAACAGGGCAUCAACAUGCUCAUUGCGGAGAAGAUGAUCUCCGACCGCAGUCGAGAGUACAUGAAUGCGCGGCGCGUUGCCAAGGAGUACGAGGCAGUCACCCGGGGCCUGAACAAGAACUCGCCAUCUGUGCCACCACAGGGGACACCUGAAGAAGCGAAGCAGGUUCGUCGUUUUCAUUCAUUUCACUCAUUGAUUCAUUUGUUAAUUAAUUCUUUGCUUGCAGCAAGCAAUGUACCACUCAUUCGUUCACGGUGCUUGGUGAUGGUG